CUCCCAACACGUGUUAAUGUUGGAAAAGUGAGUCUUCGCGACGCGCACCUUUAUGUCGGAUGAUGAGUAGAAAUACUCGCAACUAAGCGCACAGUCUAGUUGCAGGCCGGCAGGAAGUGCUUGAUUAAUGUCGACAAGAGGGCAAGCUUUGCCGUCUUAGCCUUACUCACAUGUCGAAAGUGAUACUACACGUACCAUGUAGCUACUGCUGUUUGUGCACCGCUGCAAAAUACCUUUCUGCUUCAUCAAGUAACAUGAAGCCCUGACACGGUGACAGGCUGACACGAAUAGACAGGAUCUCAACAUUGGCCUGGAUGUUAGAUGACGAAGUACAUGAUGUAUUCCUGUUUCGGUUGGUCUGUAUGACAUGUGAUCGGUGUACGAAGUCAAUUCCUACAACCACUUAGGCUACUGGGCAGGACACAAGAGCCAAAACCACGUUCACGCCUCCGAGCUAAGCCUACUGUCUUGUGUGGGCUGACAAGAGUAUUCAACAUGGCGUUGCAGUACCAGCUUAGCACUGACGAGCAGAUAUGGGUAAUGAUCCGUGUGAAGCAGGGACUUAUGCCAAUCGAGGAUGCUCUGGAGUAUGUGCGAAAACAACACGAGGAAGCAGGUCUUCCACCAGUUGUGACCCAAUGCCAUACAUAUACAAGCCCUAGCUCACCAUCUACAUCGCCAAAGGCGACAAGGGCUCACUCUCAUAAUCCAUGUCAACAGGAUCGCUUCUAUGGAAAGACUAGAGGACUCAGUCUUUUGAAGCACUUCUCUCGCCAGCGAUCAACAGGCAGGGACUCUUCCCUUGAACGUGAAGGCAGCCCUCAAGAAUCUAUCCAGACAAUCCGGCCCAAGUCUGUUGGUGUCUCAUAUUCUGUGGAUAGGGAGUGGGAGAGGAAUGAUGAACUUCUGGAUCUGAUGCUUGCACAAGGCAAGAUCUCAAGUGAGGAUCACAAAGAGUUACUUCAAAAAUUUGCUACUGUAAAGAAUUACAAGAAUGGCGAUGCACAACGCAUGAUUCUUGGGAAUCUUGUAAAGACUGGAAGAAUAUCUAUCGAUGAUGCUGUACACUACUCUAGACUUCUUGGAAUUGUGGCAUCAGCAGAAACAGAGGCGCGCACAAUUGCAGAGGUUAACAACGCCUUCCUAGACAAAAGGGUAUACAAUUUUGGUGUGUACAAGUACUACAAACAUCGUUCCUGUCAACGACGUAUUUUGCAGAUAGAUUUUCAGUCUUGUCAGAUCUGCAACAUCCAGAAAGGAAACCUGAAUCGGAUUUUCCCAUUUGCCCAAGUGACAGACUAUGAAAGUGAGGUAUGUAUACUGUUUUCUAUAUGAAUGUGUGUUGUUUUGAUAUGUUAAUUAGCAUAUUGCACGUUUCUUAAAUAAGAGAUGUAUUGAAAGGAUUUGGCUUGUGCUGAUAUCAAAUUUAACAUUUUAAUGAAUCCGCCAAAGUAUCAAGAUUCAUUAUCAUUACUUUAAAACUCAAAACAGUUUUAGAUGCCUUUGCAAAAAGGGUGAACUGCAGUUUGACCGCAUUUGCCACGAUUUUUCAAAGCCUUAGCAACCAGCCCUUGGUUGCAGUUUGUCCCCUACUUUACACAUCAAUGUAAUUUCCUAGUACACAAAAGUCUUCAGUAUGAUUGCAAAACAAGCAGAACGCAAUGGCCACAGUGAG